AUGAAUCACUCUGCUCUCGUUCGCGCCUCGGCACCCCAACUACCACCCCUUUGCUCAACCAAACCCUUCAGGGACGGUGUUAUUGAUAAUUUUGCCAUUGAAGGUCAGAAUUUAAGUUAUUCUAUUAGGACAAGGAAAGGCAAGUUUGUGCCAAUUCUGAAGGAUUGUUCACUUCGGAUUCCUUCCGGGCAGUUUUGGAUGCUUCUUGGACCCAAUGGUUGUGGAAAAUCUACCCUUUUGAAGAUCUUGGCUGGUCUCUUAAAUCCGACUGAUGGAUAUGUGUAUGUGAGAAAACCAAAGAGUUUUGUUCUUCAGAAUCCAGAUCAUCAGAAUAAGAGAAAGCUUCCAACAGCUAGGAGCAUUCUUGGUGAUAUGACGAUAAGAAGCAUCAUCCUUUGUCCGAUUGAUGAUGCCAAUCGGCGUAGUUCCUCCAAGUAUGCUGAGCAACUUCUAACUUUCAACGAGCAUCCGAGGCAAGAAAGUUCAGGCCACCCUCCAUACCAAUAUGGAAAUCCAUGGUUUGCCAACCACUAUGUUGUGUAG